AUCCUUAUAAAUUUUGAUAACACCAACCAUAUAGAUUGAUAUAAUUUUGAUUGAUACCCACAAGCUAACCCGAGAGACCCGAGAUAAUGACCCGCUCCGUCGAUUUCCCUCUCCUGAUCCUCGCCGUCACUGCACUCUCCCUCUCACCUCUCCUCGGCGUCGCAGGGAAAUUCUCCGACGAUCUCAAGCCAAUCCGCCGUGAGGUUUAUGGCGGAGGGAAGAUAUUCGACAUCAGCCACCGUUACACGCCGGAGAUGCCCGCUUGGGAGUCAUCGGAGGGACUGGCGAGUUUCCUGAGACUGGCCGCGAGUAUGAAGAAUGGAUCUUUUGCUAACGUGUCGGAGAUGAAACUAUCUGUUCACUCCGGGACCCACGUUGAUGCUCCGGGCCACUUCAUUGACGAGUAUUACGACGCUGGUUUCGAUUCCGAUUCGCUUGACCUCCAAACCCUUAACGGUCCUGCGUUGUUGGUCGAUGUUCCGAGAGAUAAGAACAUCACUGCUGAGGUAAUGGAAUCACUUCAUAUUCCAAGGGGAGUUCGUCGUGUGCUCUUCAGAACAUUGAACACUGACAGGCGGCUUAUGUUUAAGAAAGAGUUUGAUUCAAGCUUCGCUGGGUUUAUGACCGAUGGGGCGAAAUGGUUGGUUGAGAAUACAGACAUCAAACUUGUUGGGCUUGAUUAUCUUUCCUUUGCUGCUUUUGAGGAAUCACCUGCGACGCACAAGGUUAUACUUGCAGGAAGGGAUAUAAUCCCUGUGGAAGCGCUGAAGCUGGAUGAUGUGGAGGUUGGAACGUACUCGCUUCAUUGCUUACCGUUGAGAUUGGUUAAUGCCGAAGGAGCACCGACGAGAUGCAUUCUCAUCAAGUGAUUCUGUUCAUCCUCUUCUCUGGAUUGGUAUACGAAACUGAUAAUAAAGCAGAUAUCUGUAAGUUGGAUGAGAUAUACGAAACAGAUAAUAAAGCAGAUGUCACAGAUGCGAUGGUCCCAGUUGUAAAAGGUAGAGCAUACCUUUAUGAAUGUGUGUAUGUAUAUGUAUGUGUGUAAUUCUCAAGGAUAUAUGAUAAUAAAAUUAUACUGAAUUGAAACAA